UGAAAACCUAUUCACCCAUAAAAUUCAUGUAGCUACCCGUAUAUUGAACAGCCGAUCAACUUAUAGGCGUUCAUAAACAUGGCGGACUUGAUCGAUACAUUCCAUGAACGUUGACAAACCUCAACGUAGAACAUAACAACAUGGCGAAACUAAACGUACGAGAAGUGCUCUUACUGGCAGCAUGUGUAUUUAUCGGGGUUAAUGUAUUCUACCUGGUGGCCGGAAGCGGAGACAAAACAGUCGUUCAAAGUGACAAUAACGUCCAAGUAUUGAAUCAAGGUGAAACGAACGUCAAAAGAUUCGAGCAGGAUAGUGCCAUGAAUGUGUUACCAGUUAUCGGAUCAAUGCAAAGCAAUUCCAAUAUCACGGAUGUUAUUUUAAAACAGAGAAAUGCAGUAUCAGCAAUGCUUAAUAAAUUGAGUAAAAGGAUCGGGGUUCUGCAGUGUGAGAGAAAGAAAGGUACUGCAGCGGCUGGGGGAUAUUGUAGUAGAGGGGGUCAACACCUGGGAGCAGACAAGACGUUACUUCCGGCAUUGUCAGACUUAUUACAGGGUAAAAGUGUAGCAAGUUUUGGUGACGGAACUGGUGAAUACAAAACAAAACUUUUAGGAUUAGGGAAGAUAAAGUCGUACGAUUCAUACGACGGGGGACCAUUUACUGAAGAGGAGAGCAAAGGAAAUGUUAAAUAUAUGGACCUUACUAUUCCGCAUUUUGGGCUACCAGUUUAUGAUUAUGUCGUUUCCAUUGAAGUAGCCGAGCAUAUUCCCAAGGAAUAUGAGGAAAUAUUUUUAGACAAUAUAUUCAGACAUGCCAAUGAAGGCAUAAUAUUAAGCUGGGCAGUCCCAGGCCAAGGAGGGUUGAACCAUGUCAACAAUAAGCCAAUAGAAUACGUUAUUGAAGUAAUGAAUAAGCACGGUUUUCACCGUGAUGACGCGUCGUCUAAACUGUUACAAGAUGCAAGUACAUUUCCACAUCUAAAAAGAAACCUUUAUGUUUAUAAACGACGAGAAAUCAUGAAAAAUCUGCAUAUUUUAGCAUAGCUUAAAAAAUGUUCCAUCUUUAAAUGCUAUACGUAUACAAAUUUUCCUUAUAUGCUUCUUAUUUGACAAACUGCGUUCUUUUUAGGCAUGCAUUUUAGACAAUAUUUUCAAAUCCGUCAAAGAAGCGCCUAUAAUACUACGCUUGGUAGUUCAAGGACAGGGAGGGUUGAACCAUGUCAACGACAUAAUAAGCCAAUAGAAUACGUAAUUGAAGUUACUGUUCCAAGCAGCUUGUUCGUUCCCUUAUCUAAAAAGAAAAACAUUUUAUAAACAACGAGAACUCAUGACAAAAAUGUUAGCAUAGUUUAAAGAUGCUCUAUUUUUUCAAUAAAAUAUGUUUUUAUCUUUAA